GUACUGACUUCAUUCCAAUGGACCGUUCACUCUGCCUGCGGAGUUAGCAGCCCGUUAGAUUAUUGCCAACAAAUUAUGAAUUUGAUAUGAAAAAGUUUUUGCUUCUUAAAUGUGGUAUGUGUCCAUGUUUUCAAGUCGUGUAGCCCUAAUCAUUGAAACGGAUACCACGGCGCCUCCCACUUGGCGCAUAAAAACGCCUAUUUCUUGCAUCUCAGAGAUAGUAACGUUAAACUCUAACGUUCUCUUAUAUGCCUAUGCUAUUCUGCUUGUGCUUCGGAUUGCCACAUUUGUUAACUACAUUUCUGUUUACUCCGCUACUUGAAUCAUCCCUCUCCGCUCUGUCUCUAUGCCGCUUUCCACAUAGACCUAGUCCCAUCCCGUCACUCAAGGGAGGAACCCAGAGUCUCAACACAUCCACCCUUUUAAAGGACAUGGAGAAAGGCAAAGGGUAACAUCAUGCGCAGUACUGAGAUGAGAGGGCGACGGAGCAUGUGAAGAUGUCCCUAAAGACGGCUAAAACAUGGUGCUUUAGACUGAUCGCUGUUGUUCUGUUCUUCGUCUCCUACUACUGCUCCCAUGUCUUCCUCCAGAGCUAUGGAGGCAUCAGCAAGUCUCCUCCAACUCCGAGCAAGUCACUGUGCGGUGGCUGGCUAAAGCAGAAGAAGUGGGAGAGCCUCAAUUUUAACAUUAGCAGACAAACACAGCUCUUCUUCAAACUGGAUGAUUUCUUCUGGCGACAUAAUCAGUCCACUCUUGCAUUACCCUACGGUAUUAAAGGCAGUGAGUUGCUGCUGCUGAAGGUUUUAGCCAUUAUUGCCAAUUACAAAAUGCCAGCCAGCAUUGAUAGUCUAGACUGCAGAACGUGUGCAGUCAUAGGAAAUGGGUUUUCCAUUAAAAACAGCUCCUUGGGCGGCAUCAUCAAUGAGUACGACGUGGUGAUCCGGCUAAAUGACGCCCCCGUCAGAGGUUAUGAGGACGACGUGGGGAACAAGACCACUAUGCGUCUCUUCUACCCUGAGUCGGCCUCCUACAACCCCAGCAUGCACAAUGACCCCGCCACCCUCAUGGUCCUAGUGCCUUUCAAACAGCAGGACCUCAGCUGGCUCAAGGAGAUCCUGUACGACGAGAAGAGGGUGAGGAAGGGUUUCUGGAAGCCCCCUCCACAGAUCUGGCUAGGCAGUACCAGUCGCAUCCGGGUGCUGGACCCUCACUUCCUGCAUGGGACGGCCAGCAGUCUGCUACAAAUCCCCCUUCACCCAAAGAGAAAACAGAAACCAGUACACCCCACCACAGGGGUCCUAGCCGUGUUUGUGGCACUCAACUACUGUGACGUGGUGCACAUAGCUGGGUUUGGAUAUCCAGCAUCCAAAAACCAGAAGCAUCCUAUACACUACUACGGAUAUGACACUAUGAAAUCCAUGAAGGAUUCCUACCAUGACCUUACCCACGAAGCAGAAGCCUUAAAAAAACUAGAGGAUUCAGGGGCUAUCAUGUACUUACACCCUCACUCCUGACACACAUACUGUACACACAUGGGCACGGUCCAGAAACAGCCCCUAUCCCUUACCUCCUAGGAACUUCAUCAAAAUCUGAAAGGAAUUUUCACUGCACUGCUAAUACCUAUACAUUUUCCUUUAGAUCUACACACAAGCCUAGGUGGUAGAGGCUAGCGUGUGUUUUUGGACUGGGUUACACACUGAUGUCAGUUGUGAACUUGACUCCUCUCUGCUGACAAUAUGGCCCAUACAGUCCAAACAUCAUAAUCACACAUUUUGCCAGUCUUAAUUCACCUCACUCUUAUUGAAAAUAAAUACGUAUUUUCCGAAAGAAAAAAAAUAUAAAAAAAGUUCUGAUUUGUUCUGAUUUUGAUUUUUUUUUUCAAUUAACUUUUAAAAAAUUCUCUCUUAAAUGUUACCACUGGAUAUUUUAUUGUAUGUAAUACAUUUUUAUUAAAAUGAAAUCUAAAUGGAAA